AUCGUUUCGUUAAAAAUUCACGAAAACAGUGUAAUCAAUAACAUAAUUAGUGGUUUCCUUGUGGAUUAUUGCUGCAAGUUCCGAUUUGAAGUUGAAUGACUUUAUUUUUCUGCCACUUCAAUUUCUCCACUGCUCGGACAUGAAUGCGGCUACUGAAUUGCAAGCACUGAUGCUUAAAGCAGGCAGUCCUGUAAUGUUGGAUCGUGAUAGCGGUUUCUGCUCGGACGAGGAGAUCGAUAUGCACGUCGGUACUGGCGCCCCCUCACCACCUACAGAUGCAUCCGAGGACAGCAGUGUAGACGUUAAAGUUGUCCCAAUAUCUGUUCGCAAUAAACGCAAAUGCGCCGAGCCCUCGAGAGUUGUGAAUUCUCAAUCCGCCGCUAGCAGUCAUCAUCCCAUUAAAAAACGUCCGCGUUUUACAAAUUUGGAGGACGAGGAAUCAAGUGAAACCUUUCGACCGUGGAAUUCAAGUUCACAAAAUCCAGCACAGGUAUACAAUAGGCAUCCUGGAGUAACUACUUUGCAUCGAGCAUUUGCUAAGAAUGAAACUGCUCAAGAUGAACCUUUAUCCCUGGUCGCCAAAAGCCCAGCUGCAUCUGCCAACACAUUUAAUCAAGCGAUUCCUGUCAAGUCAUCUGCAAAAACGGAUCCACGAUUUUGUGAUCAGCGAUUACAGUGCUCUGGAGCUAACCAAACUUCACAAAAACAUCAGCAGCAGCAGCAACUGCAGCAACAUCAUCAUCAUCAGCAGCAGGAGCAGCAGCAACAACAGCAAAGAAAUUAUAAAAACAUGACGCGAGAGCGCCGUAUAGAGGCAAAUGCUCGUGAACGCACUAGAGUCCACACCAUAAGCGCGGCGUUUGACACAUUGCGCAAAGCUAUACCUGCCUACUCCCAUAACCAGAAAUUAUCAAAAUUAUCAGUGCUAAGGAUAGCCUGCUCUUAUAUUAUGACUUUGAGCCGAAUAAGUGGAACCACUUUAGAUUCCACGGAGAAUUCAUUAGCGGAUUGCGUUGACCUUGUCUCCAGAACGAUACAAACGGAAGGUAAACUUCGCAAGAAGAAGGAAGACUGAGUUCGUCGUUCUGUAGAUCUAGAUGCACCUAGUUUAACCAGCUCAAUGCUUCAUAUUAUAUGUUACGUGUUCAGUGACAUAAAUUGAUAAAGAGACAAUUUGAAUCAAAAGGCUUUGUGGCCUCUAAACUUCAAUGUUAUAUAAUUUUUGCUUCCGAAUUUACUUCCGAAGUGGCUUUAGUGUUAAAA